UUUAUUUACUGAGUCAUUUUUAACUAAUCGCAACCUAUAAAGGCCGAUGUUUUAAACAUACAACGCUGCUACUUGUGGUGAAUUUUAGUGAUUGUGAAAUAACAUACUCAAGAUUUUUAAUUCACGUCCUUGGCUUGUCUAUUUUAUAGAAUAUUUGUAUUAUGAGUCCGUAUGAAUUUUUGUUAACAAGCAAAAAUACACCUUCACUGCGGUGACUGAUGAUUAGCUGAGAAUCGUUUCUCGUGCGCUAGGUGGCACUUGUUGCGUUCAAAACCGUCUGUGAGCUGCUGGUUCAAGGGGAUCAUCGUCUAAUAAGACAUUUAAUAAUGAAUAUUUGUCUCUUGUUUAGAGAUUUGUCUAUCAUUAAAGUUAUUUUUGUGUUGCUUUUAAAAGUUAAGCGAUCGUUAAACCUAAAAUCUCCUUGAGAAAUUUCGAAAAGUUCACCUUCUACAACGCUUGUCUAACUACAUUUGGUGAGACGAGCCUUUUAAAAAUUCCUCCGGUCAAAAAGAAAGAAUGUGUUCCCUCACCCUAAGUUGAAGGUAAAAUUUCCUGUUCUUUUUUUAUUAUUUGUUUUUUGAAAUACCCAAACCGAACAGCAGAAACAAAAAAAUGAACUGAGUAGCCUAGCACGUGUAGCCUAUCUAUAAAUAUUAAAACAAUAUUUUUGAUUAAUAAAAUAUAUAUUUUUAAAAAUAUUGCACUAUUUGUCUGUUGUCUUUCUCAGCAUGUUUCAUAUUUCCAUAAGGGUCCCGCCUCUGUGUUUAUAGCGCGCGCUCGGACAGCAGAGCGCACAAAGUGAGACAGAAGUGAGGCAGACUUCACUGCGGACUCAACCUGUUUCAAAGGGCUACUGUGGCCAUGAACACGCUCCCUGAAAAAGGAUGACAUCCAAAUGUCAGUCUGCAGAUGUUUUGCCACAGAACCUGACUGCUGGAACCAUGAUGUGGGAGAAGAACCUCUCCAAAUCUUCGCAGGACAGCACGGGCAACAACGCCAGCUGUGGCUCCGUGUCCGUCUUUUUCCCCAUCACUAUGAUGAUCACUGGAAUGGUCGGAAACUCUCUCGCGAUGUUGCUAGUUUCUAGUGCAUAUAGAAAAAAGGAAAACAAAAGGAAGAAAUCCUUUUUGCUUUGCAUCGGCUCGUUGGCGUUAACUGAUCUUUUCGGCCAACUGCUUACAAGUCCGAUUGUCAUUUCGGUGUACAGAGCUGAUCUGAAAUGGAAGCGCGUGGACCCAUCGGGAACGCUCUGCGCGUUCUUCGGGGUGUGCAUGACCACUUUUGGCUUGUGUCCUCUCUUUUUAGCCAGUGUCAUGGCCAUUGAGAGGGCCUUGGCCAUCACUGCUCCUCACUGGUACUCACAUUACAUGAAAACCAGCGUGACCAAGCAGGUUCUGGUCAUCAUUUGGUGUCUAGUUUUGAUUUUUGCCUUAUUGCCCAUUGCUGGGGUUGGGAAGUACACUUUGCAGUGGCCAGGCACUUGGUGCUUCAUAAGUACAGGUGACAAGGACGUGACGGGAAAUACGUUUUUUGCCACGACCUUUGCAGCAUUGGGGAUAUUUUCUUUACUGGUUACUUUGUCUUGUAAUGUUGUGACCAUCCGUGCGUUGGUUACACGUUGCAAAACGAAGCCAAGCUCGACCCAGUCAUCCAAGCAAUGGGAGAGGUUAACAACAGAGACUGUUAUUCAGUUGAUGGGCAUUAUGUGUGUGCUGUUGACAUGCUGGUCACCUCUAUUGGUCCUUAUGUUGAAGAUGAUCUCGACCCACACAUCCUCCCAUCAAUGCAAUUCUGCUGCUGUAUCUCUCUCAGCCCAGGACUUACAGAUGGACUGUAAUUUCUUUCUCACAGCCAUACGUCUGGCCUCGCUCAAUCAGAUUCUAGACCCGUGGGUUUACCUGCUCCUGAGAGAGAUUCUCCUGAGGAAGUUCUGCCAGGUGGCCAGCGCAGUAUCCAGGUGCUCACUGGACACACAGAAGGAAACUCGGUGUCAUCUCGAUGUCCUAAAUAAAAAGGCCGCUCAGAAUGAUAAUGUUCACAAAAAGUCCCUGAACGUGGACAACAGUAACUUGAAUGGGGGCCAAGUGGAACAGUGACUUGACAGUGGUACAAAAACUGAAUAGGAAUAAAAUGACAAAGGGUAUAAUCACCCACGAUCAGAAAAAUAAUGAGAUUCAAACUUUCUAUGGAUUGUUGCAUCGGUGUAGGGUGAUGUCAGCACUCUACCACACAAACGCAUCACUUUUGUGUCACUGUCACAGUCAACACAUUCAAAGGGAUUUUGUUUAGAGUUACUCAGCAAGUGAAACAAAAUGGCAAGACCUUAAAGAGUUCAUCCAAAAAUGAAAAAUCUGUCAUUAAUUACUAAAUUACUCAUCUUCAGAACACAAAUUAAAAUAUUUUUGAUGGAAUCAGAGAGGUAUCUGACUCCUCCAUAGAGAAUGCAGUCAGAAUUUUCAUUUUUGGGUAAACUAUCCCUUUAAAAUGAGAAUAUACAGGGUUCCCACUGACAUGGAAUAACUUAAAAAUAUCAUGCAAGAUAAAAAAAAACAAAAAAACUAGGUAAGGUUAGAAAUUAUUUAGUGGUACAUACCCAUUUAUGUCCAGCUCCAAAUUAUUCCGAAAAUAUUUUGAUUAAAAAUGUAAUGGUAACAAAUUGUUCAAAAGAUGUGGGAAUCCUGCAUAUACAACAGCAAUAUUAGCAAAUUAGAUUUGAUUAAAUGACACCGAAAUCAUAAACUGAUGUUUGCCAGCUCCCAUGGAGACUGGUUAUUUUAAACUACAUUCAGUAUUGGUACUAUAUAGAAAAACCCUUUUAUUCACAUGCCAACUGCAAGACAAAAAAUUGAAGGAAUAUUUCUUGACAUUAAUUUAUGAUCUAUUAUGUAACAUUUCAGAGCUGUUUAUUUUGCAGUAAAGCACUGAAUGGUCUCAAAUACCUCUCACUUUGAAUAUUUUCACACAUUUUGAAGUCUCAUAAAAACUCUAAACUUUUAUUUCAUUUUAAUGUGUGCAUUUCUCAGUGCCAAGCUCUUUUUGAGGCUGAUAGCUAUAACCGUGUGAUUAUGUUUAAUUGAAUUCCAUGCUGGAGUUUUUCAGUUGGAUUCCUGAGCGAAGUUAAUGCAAAAGUGAAUGGCUCUAAUUCAAUAGUAUGUUGAGAUGCUUCUGGCCUUGGAACAGCUCCUUUCAGAAUGUUAAUUUUAAUAGCCAGUUCUCAUUUUUUGAUGCACAAGUGCCUCAAGAUGCUGCAUCUUUUAUGCGCAAUAUUCUUGAUAACAUCAGUUGUGAUAAUAAACCAAAAGCCUUUAAAAUUCAAAUGGAAAGCAAUUUCAGCAUAUUAUGUUGAGUCAUUCAUGGAAACUGUUGUUGUAAGGAGGCCAUUAAAGCUUUGUCCUUUCCUUAUUCUGCAUCCUUUUAGUGGUACAUUAUGUAACAUUUGAGGUAUAGGUUGACUUUGUGAAAAACAUUGUGCAGCUGUUUUAUAUUUCUAUUGGCUGCUAAGAUAGCAUGCAGUCAUUUUUGUUUGUUGAAUUUUAAUUAAACAUACAUAAAUUAUUGACAAGGAUGAUAAAAGCUAAUUGGGCCCUUCAGUUGCACAUAUGUAAUCAUGCAUCGUACUGAGUGUGACUGAACAUCAUCUAAGCAUAUUAUAUGUUUGCGCUGUGCAGUUGGUUAUUGUUUUAGAGGACCCAUGGUUCAUCAGUUAUGCUAAACAGCAGGUUAUAUUCAUAGGACUCUGCAAAUACAUUUGUGAUGUUUUAUACGAUUAGUAAUUUGUUAAAGGAAUUUAUUGUCAAAAAAAAAAAAGCCCUGUCCUUACAAAAUAUGUGUGCCUUUGUGCUUCAAAUUCUUUGAAACCAGCGUAAAUCCAUAGAACAUGAAUUUACACCCUUCCGAUUAAAAAAAAUUGAGCGAGGAAGGUGUCAAAGCAGUUUCUGGGAAAAGGGGAAAGGCAAUAAUGUAUUUUUUAGAGGUCAGAGCUCCAUGAAAUCAGUCAAUGUGAAGAGGUGGUGUGACCAGUAAAUACAUUUGGAAGAUUGCAAGAAAUUACUAGUAUUCUGUAUCCACCAAAAAGAGCUUUUGGCAAAUCCAAGUAAUAACCUCAGAGAAAACCCUGAUUUCUGCUCUGGAAAUUUUAUGGUAUUUGCAAGAGUCAAUAGUUGUCAGUGGAAGCUGGAAUACUUUUGUAAAUGGAUUGAACAUUUGACAUAUGCUCUCAAGCAGUGAUUACAGAGUACAAUUAAUGAAUCUGACAUGGGACCUAAUUAAUAGUGAAAUGAACGUGGCUCGGGCUGCACUGUCAGACGCCUAGUCGUGAUUAACUUGCCGUUGUGCACUUGGGUGGCUGCUGAAUAGGGCAAUGGAAAAUUGUAUGAUUGUAUAAUAUUUCAUAGCUAAAUUAGAAGUCCCGGUGCAUCAUGAGUACAAAGCGGGUCUGUGAUCAGCUCACAUGUGCAUUGAGGUGAUAAACAAGGUCUGACUUGUGACCAUUCAAGUGCUUUCUGCAUAUGAAUGUAACUGUUAAAUCUAACAUCAAAGCUGUUCAGAACAUUGUAUUUAUGUUGCCAAAGGCAUAAUAUCUGAGUUUCUUUCAUAUAGAAAGGUUUAUUUAUUUUAUCACCCUAUACAAACCCAUUUAUUUCUGGAGAGCUUUUAAGGUUGGAUAAGUAAAAAAAAAAAAAAAAAAACACACACACAUCUGUUCAUCACAGAAAGCUAAUGUAUGUCUUCAGAAGAAAUAUAUAAUUAAUGCAAAAAUUGUAUGGACUACUUUCAUGAUGCUUUCAAAUCCCUCUUCUUUGUUAUUGCAUGAGGGGGAAAAGAUCCAUCUUUGUAGAGAUGAGAAAAAAAUGCACCCAUAAGUGAGAAAGAAAGUCCUGUGAAUUUGGAAUUGUUCCGUUAUUUUAUUAUCUAAUGCAAAGCCAUGUACAGUUUUCAAAGUGUGAUUGAGUAUCAAUAGUUCUUGUGAGUGGAAGUACAGAACACAAGAUGAACCAUUGAUUUAUCUGUAUUUAUAAUUCAUUGUAAAUGUGCAGGCAAUAAGAGCUGCCAGGUUUGUUUGCAUGUUAAGCCACCAGCAAAUCAUUUUGAAUCAUAACCCACCUGUGAAUGUCCUCAUGCCAGAUGCCAAAUCACAAAUGCCACGAAGUGUGGGAAGUCUGCAUUAAAAACAACAGGGUUUCAUGAAUGUAUUACAAGUUUUACAUUUAUUUAUGUUGUAAGACAGUGACAGCUCUGGCUGUGAACGGAGUCCCAGAGCUGUACACGCUAAGCUUGUAUCAACAGAUGGUCGUGGUGCUGCUUGUUUGUUUUUGAUAAGAAAUGUUUGCAUAUGCUUGCAACUGUUUGACAUGUCUGCUAACUGCUCUGAUGUUCUGCUCUGUGCCUCUAAAGUGUAUCAUUAUUUGAUUCUGUGCUGCCUGUGUUUUCCAUUCACCGGGAUGGACUGCGUUUCAUGCCAUUAUCAUAAUUUAAUCGGGAAGGAGGUUGGGGUAUACCAAAGUGCUUCUGUAAUAGUAAGCACCCCCACCCACAUUUUGCACAAUAGCCAGAAGUGGUUUGAAAUGGUUGAAAUGUUCUCCAUCAAUUGUGCUGCUGAGGAACGAUUUCAAAUGAAUAUUUUGUUCAGGAACUUGUUCAAACCAUUAUUCUCAUAAUACAUCUAGUAUAUAACCAGUCGCUGAUUCAUUGUUGUUAUUUGGCUAAAGGGGAAAUGACUUUGACAUUUUCUGUCCAUCUAUAUAUUAACAUUGAAAAACGCUGUCCCUAUUGAUAUAUGGAAAAAUGACGAGAUAAAACAAAAAAUAAAGAACACAACAUGAGUAGCAUAACUCAUCAGAACUGAUAUUUGCAUGUCUUAUUUGGGGCCGUUCACAGAGAAUGUGUUUUUGCAUUAAAAAGCGAGACGCCGCACAAUAGUAUACAACUUUGUACAUAGUGCUGAUGAAUGGGAAAGAGGGCAGGGUUUCAAGAUGUGCUUGUAAAAGUUUUCAAAAUGCUGCUCUCUUGCACGAGACGCUGAACGAGCGGUCUAAGAACCGGCCCUUAUUCUCCUUGAUUUGUUGUAUUCAUGACAGUUCAUUUAAAAGGACCAAAACUGAACAUUCUGUCAUCGUUUACUCACCCUCAUGUCUUUCUUGACAUUUGCUAGAAUGUACUUUUGGUGUUUCACGCAAGAAAGGAAGUCAUACGGGUUUCAAAAGGCAUGAGGGCAAGUAAAUAAUGACAGGAUUUUCUUUUCUUUCUUUUUUUUUAGGUGGAUAUUGCUUUAAAUUGACAUUGCAAAUUCAACAAGAACUCUUUUAUAAAGGUUUAUGUGAAAGUUAUGUUUAUAUUUAAAUCUUAUAUUUAAGUCUUUCUUGAAACUGGAUUCAAGUCCAUUGGAGUUUUAAAGAGGUCAAAAAACUCCUUGACAUUUUGUUCCCAGAGGUUCACAAUCAGACAAGACUUGUUGAUCAUGUGAUGACCACUAUUUAUGUAACAAUGUCUUGCAUGUGCUAACAAUUUUUGUGUUGUGACUAAGAGUUCACACACAUAUGUAUGUACUAUUUAUGCUUUGUUCUUUCUGGGGUUUUUCUUUGUAACUGUUUACAUUUGUGCUGAGAGCAUUUUCCAUUAAUUACAGAAUUGUUAUCAGCAUUGUUAUCAGAAUUGUUGUCUUUUGUCUCAGUGUUAAUGAGUUUGCCAUUGCAAAAAAACAAAAAAAAACAAGACAUGACAGUAUCCCCUCUGACCGUCUACAAAUCAACUGCAAUUAUUUAAUCAGUUCACUGCAAUCUAAAAUUAAAUGAGAUUUAAUGAGAUUAAAGGGGAUCACAUGGGUUGUUUUCAUAAAUAAUUACAUCAUUUGAGUAAUUAUCAUUAAUCUUGUCUCUAAAAGCAGUGUAGCUGAAAUAUUUGGAUGUAGUAUAAAAAAUCAAAAUGUUGAAUUCUUUUCAAAAAUGUUCACAUUAUUUGUUGAUCAUUUUGUAAUUUUAAUUUAAUGCAGAGAGAUACAUCUCUACAUGUAUCAUAGGAACAUUAUAUGAUCCUUUUGAAAAGGAAACAAAAAUGCGUCACAAGAUAACAGACCAAGAGGCUGUUCAAUCCAUUAGUGGCUAUACUAAAGAUCUCUUUCAAUACUGCACAACUAAUGUGCAUAAUGGCUAUCUGGCAGUCUUGUUCUCUGCAGUUGUACAUGUGCCAAGAUGUCUGGCAGGAAUCAAUAGCGAAGACAUUCUAAGAUUCUUCAAUUUUCAUAUUAAAGUAUUGAGAGUUGUUAUCAGAUGUUCAAAUAAAACUCAUACACGUUUUCAUUAUUGCAUCAAAAUACAUCCAGAAUUUCUUAUUCCAUUUUUGUUAAUGAAAAAAGUAUGAGAUUAAUACAUUUUUCCCAAAAAAAUGAUGAUCACAGAUGUUUCAGGAUGCAAAGACGUAAAAAUGUAUUCAUUAUUUGUUCAGUGGGUGACUAUAAAAACGUUAACUUAAAUGUUAACCCCAAAUUAAAACUCUGUCAUCAAUUACUCACCUUCAUCCCAUUCCAAACCUGUAAGACUUCCAUUCAUUUUUGGAAUAUAAAUGAUAUUUGUUUAUACAAAAAUUCAUAAAGAGUUUAUUUGAUGCACAAGCUAUGAAAACCCCUUCUAAUGCGCAACAUGGGUCAAAAAUGACCCGUAUUCAUUUCCUAUGUAAUUUCAAUCAUGGUUGAGUGUUUCUUUGCUGAAUCUUUGAAAGAAAUGUAUUUUAUCAUUCAUUUAU